AUGUUCGCCGCCAAUACUAUUCAUGCAAGGACUAGAGCCGAUUGGCUCACUUUUGCGAACGAGGCUCACUUUUUGACCGCCUUCCAUCUCGUCCUCGAGGGUCUGGAAAGGGCCAAGCACAUUAGUUCUGCUGGCGCGGCCGCAACUUCCCCCGUUCACUUCUUCGGUAAGACCUCCGGCUUUUGCUUGAGUAUGGCCCACACACCCAAUUUGCGCGAUGUUAUGUGGGCUUCCUUGAUAUCUCAGCUGGGAAGUGACCACGUCCUCAAAUGCAAUGCCCUUGCCGCCGCCGUCCAGGAAAUCGACCAUACGUCUGACAGUCACGUCGAGACUUACGCCGUUAUGCGGGCAUUUUGCCAGUCCAAGGCCCACGAGGUUCUUACCUCCCCCGUUGCCGUCUUGGCUUCGCUUGAUGCCGCUCCCCUUUCGCCACACAAGCCAAUGUCCAUUCCGGAUCUGCGCGCUGCGGUUUUGUGCUUGCACGCCUGGCAAAGGUAUGCAGACCGAAAUGCUAUUGCUUCAGUGCUUUUAAAAGCAAUUCGCGUGCCGCAGCUCGCGGAUGAUGCCUCAGAGACACUGGCCGAAAUGGUUGGCUAUAGCGGCUCCAAUAUGCAGUUGCUCAUGGGGACCUGCGAUGGCCUACUGUCUACUUUUCAACAUGUACGCGGGUGUUCUGGCCAAUCCACUGUGCAUCACGCAAUUGCCGAAGUUGUUAGCUCGCUUUCCGAUGGCAAUGCGGAUGAACUCCUCGAGCAGGUGAACACGAACAGCGUUUUGAUAGUGGAAAAGGCUACACAACUGUUGACUUUGUGCCUGGAGUUGAGAGACGAUGCAUCGUUCUUUGCGUCUGUCCAAGGUUGGACAAGCUGGAUCACGGCUGCUAACCUCGUGGAGCAAAACCAGGCACGGUUAGUAUUGGAAAGAGUCGCCCAUGUCGUGCGUCUAGUCGUGCAGAGAAUCACGUCGCUGCAGUUCAUGGCCGAUCUCACGGAAUCUCACGGUCGGGGAUGUCCCGAAACAAACGAUGAGUUAGUUUGCGUCAGAGAUUUGCUGCUUGAAUCCACAAAAUGCAUUGGUAUUGGAGGAUAUGUCGAGGUCAUUAAACCGUUUUUCGAGACUGACUGGAACGUAUCGACUCGCUCCCUUUGCGCAGCUUUGUUCUCUGUGGCGGUAGCAGGCGAAAUCGAUGAAAGCGUGGGUUCGCAAAAGGAAGACAGGCAUGUCGUGCUGGGCUUGCUCGGAAGGAUAUUAGAUCUCAUUGAGACGAUCUCCGCAAACAGUCGUGAAGCAGGGAAUGGAUACGCAUCAGUCAAGAUUUUCGCGCUUUCUGCGAUGUGUUCAUUCGCUGAAUUGCUUUCCGAUCAGGGUUCGGAAGCAGAGUUUCGCCGCGCAUUACAUUGCGCCGGAACAGGGAUACUUGACCCACAGGUGAACGAGAAGUCAUCAGAGUUUCUUUAUGAGCUAGCAGAUGCGCAUCCAGAACGACUCAGGAUGUUUUUAACUGACCUCCUUUCGUCAGGAACAAGAGCUUUAUCGCAAAUGUCUGAUAAGGCAGCUCUCAAUUGUGUCAGGGGCCUAGCAAAAGUGACUUCCGCCCUUGAAACGCGAGGUGAACGGCAAAAGGCCUUGAAUAUAAUUCUCGAGGAACCAUGCAAAUAUUUAUUGUCGACACGCAAUGAACAAGAAACAUCUACGGUCGAACAAAAGGUAUGUCGUUCGCUUGGAUUAGUUGCAGCGGGUUUGCAAGAGGUGAACGAUAACGAGAUUGCGAUGAAUGUAUAUUCUCGAUUGCGAGGGACUAUUUUUGAAAUUGCAAUUUCCCGAUGUGGCAAUGAGACCGUCUCAAGGGCAAUCUGUCGUGUUCUAGAAGUUUGCGUCCUUCCAACACUUCUUGACGACGAGCAACCACGCCCAGCUGCCCUUGCUCAUAAUGAAGACACGCGUGGAAUUCCAGCUUCAUCUGUCGGUUGUGGUCGAGCAGUGUUGGCAAUGUCUUGCAUGUCUUUGGCAGCAGAAUGCUUUCGAAGGUCCGGUGAAGAUGGUGAAACAGUAUGGUUGUCGGCAGUGGCCGAGAUUGCUCCCCAUGUCGUCGAAUUCCUUGAUGGUGGUUGUGGUACCGAAGCGGAAGGUCGGGCCCUGGCCUGUUUGAGGAUGUCGUUAGAGCACUCACUUGAAGGGUUGCAGUCAUUCACAAAUGGAAAUUACGACUCUCGAAAAGAUAUGGCCGUAGAGUACUUUCGAUUUGCAACCCGUCUGUUAUCUGCAGAAUCAAGCGUGGCGGUCAUCAUUCAGAAAAGUUCGGGAAGUGCAGAUGCUGGGUUGAAAGGUCUUCAGUGUAACGAAAUCAUAGUUGUGCGAGAAGCCCUUCUGUGGUGGAAGUCAGUGUUUGGGCCAGGACAAGGAGAGGUGGCCAGGGCUAUCUUGGCUGGGGCGGGAGGUGCCGACAACAUUGCGAGAGCCUUUGUCUGCGCGGCGAGGCAUACGCGAUGUGCUGGCGCAGUCGCGGAUGCUCUUUUCGCAUUGUGUAAAUGGGUCGCUCAGGUUUCAGGCAAUAUCGAUCCUGACAACGUUUUGCGAACUUGCCUCACAGCAGCCUUUGCAGCAGAAGGUGUAGCAUCGCUCGGGCUUGAUGUGAAGGUACGGGAAACGUUGUACCGCAGCUGUAUUAGUGCGACUGGAAGUAUGCGAGAUUUCCGUCAAGCUUUACGAGAAUUUGGGCGCGUCUAUUCUCUGGCUCUCAUCUCGAAAUGAGAACAACCUUACCUUCAAUGUUAGGGCUGUCCGGAACCAGCCUGUUCAGCCAAUCUGCUUUUUGACUGCGUUUCAUAGAGAUCCAGACGAUGACCAGAAUAUCGCCGUGGUUUACCGCGGCACCAUGGUUGGACUCCCUGCACCCACAUUCUCAAUGAAUCAUCGAGGCUACAAAUAAACGGCCUGGAGAGACAUAGAGCAUACUUGUGGAAUUUACUAUGGAACCCAGGCUCGGAGAAAUGCUCGACUUGAAGGGCUAACUGAUAUUGAAAAUCUUA